CAAAGGGUGAGUUGAAUUCCAUAGCGUCAGAUGUCGUCGUUCACUAUUUUGAAUGGACGUCUGGACGGAUUUCUUCGCUGGAUGUUGUGGUGGGAUAGCUGGCACGUUUUUUGGGCAUCCGAUCGACACGAUAAAAGUGCGACAACAAACUCAUCUUCAUGGACAUUUGACCACGCGUCGCUGUGUCCAGUUGGCAUUGAAAAAUGAAGGGGCUACUGGAUUAUUCAAAGGGUUGAGCUCCCCAAUUUGCACUGCAGCUUUAGUCAAUGCCACUUUUUUUGGUGUUUAUGGUGGCACUGUCAAACUGAUGUUGCAAGUAUCUGAAAAACCUGCCAACAGCAUGCCAGACUAUAAAAUAGUUACAGCUGCUGGCAUGGUGGCCGGUACAGUGCAACUGUUGGUCUGUUGCCCAGUGGAUCUUGUCAAAAUCAAACUCCAAACUGGAUCAGGUGCUGGAAAUGGUCCUCUACCAAAGACAAAUGGCUCUCUAAAUACUAGUCCUAUUGCCAGUAAACCAUUCAAGGGGCCAAUUGAUUGCUUAAUGACAAUGUAUAAAACACAUGGAAUUAGGGCCUGGUAUAAGGGUCUUGUUCCUAUGUUUUGGAGAGACGGGCCAUCUUACGGCCUUUACAUGUUCCUUUACGAACUGAUACUACGAGAGGGUAAAAAGUACUCGACGGGCGGAUGGGGUGAUGGCUUGCUGGCUUUGAUUGCCGGUGGUAUAACUGGAACUGUAACUUGGGUUGCAGUGUUGCCGAUUGACGUCGUCAAAUCUCGUAUCCAGGCGGAUUGCAUUGUUAAUCCAAAGUAUCGUGGCAUGCUAGAUUGCGUACGCGUUUCUUAUAAGGCGGAAGGCUUGCCCGUCUUCUUUCGCGGAUUUUUGGCUAUCGCUUUUCGCGCAAUGAUCGUAAACGCUGCGACAUUCUUCGUCUAUCAGAGUACCUUGACGCAUUUGACCACACAGAGGUGACCGCUAGUUUUACGAAAUAGCUACUACACAUCACCUACUUGGUCGUGAGACGAUGAUACGUCAUUUUGUCGUGGCAUCGUUGGCGAGUAGAAUGGAAAUUUCUCAACGGUCAAGGUAGGAGGAGGGGAACGUAAACAUUAAUAGCGUGGGCUGAUGCAAUCUGCAGUACUCUGUAAACCUUGCCUUUUGUAAAAUGGUGAUGUUCCAAAUUGGAAGAAACGUUCGACUUUUUUGGAAGUCGCUCCUGACGGAAAAGCAAAAAAUUUAUAGCCAUUUCAAAAUAUUUAAUCAUUUUUUUCUUUUCUUUUUUUUUUUUAGUUGGUUGCUAUAUUUUCCUUUUUUUUUUUAAGUCACGUUGUUCUCCACUGCCAUAAACAUUUUAGCCAAAUGCAUGUAUAAUUGAACGGGUUUCUCUUAAAGAUAGCUGUCCUUUCUUCCGUUUAUUCAAUUUUAGGGUUAUGCUAACAAAGAUUUUUUUUUUUCUUUU